AUGGCCAUCAAAGACGCUGACGUCGACAUUGAUCUCGGAGAGAUUGCUUACGUACCAACGACCGGCGUCACCAAGGUGUUUGACGUGCCCGUUGUCGACGCCACAUCCGAAAACAUCAAAGGCUACGGCCAGAUUGUCGACACCGACCCCAAGAACUUCCCCAUUGAAAUCGUGCAGUGGCCCGCCCAGGGCACACGCCCAGUCGAUGCCAACUCGGGCGACCAGGGCGGCGUGACGGAGGGCCUGUUUGAGUUUUGGUGGAAGGGCGACACCCUGUACGCGCGCAACAACGCCGUGGGCGACAGCUACCUCUUUGCGUGGAGCGUGCUGCCGGAGCAGGCGGCCGCCACCGGACCGGCCAAUCAUCCGCGGGACAAGGUGCUGAUCUGGCGGGCCAACUACCAUCCGGACGGUGGGCAGCUCUUUUUCCCCAUGGAUGCCGACGACAGCAGCGGCUUCCUAGUGCCCCUGGCCCUCCCCGGCGACGAUGUCACGCCCGAAAAGUUCGUGGCGUUUCGCUGCACGGGCGGCAAGGGCCUCUACAUUCACCCCAACAUCUGGCAUGGAGCCGUGGUGCCGUUGGACGACCACAGCCGGAUUCUAGACCGGCAGGGGCGUGUGCAUGCACGCGUGUCCGUGGACUUUGUCAAGGAGUUCGGCGGCUAUCUAUCGGUGCCUCUGGGACCGGUGGCGAAAAAGGUCUAA